AGGCAGGGUCAGCAAAGGCCCGCUGGCCAGCCCUGGUACUGCAGAUCAAAAGGCAGUACCCCCCCCUCAAGCAGCGGCCUCAGUCCUAGCUGGGCAAAAUGUUCCACCGCCCGGGCGGGGCGACAGGCAUCGGGCCCCCGGGCGGGGCGACGGGCAUCGGGCCCCCGGGCGGGGCGACCGGCAUCGGGCCCCCACGCGGGGGUUGACGGGCAUCGGGCCCCCGGGCGGGGGCGACGGGCAUCGGGCCCCCAGGCGGGGCGACGGGCAUCGGGCCCCCAGGCGGGGCGACGGGCAUCGGGCCCUCAGGCGGCGUUGAGCGGCGGGCGCCGGAUUCCCAGGUGGAGCGACAGGUCUCGGGCCCUCAGGCGGAGCGGUGGGCGCGGACCCCCAGGUGGAGCGACAGGUCUCGGGCCCUCAGGCGGAGAGCGGCGGGCACCGGACCCCCAGGCGGGGGACAGGUCUCGGGGCCCUCAGGCGGAGUGACAGACAUUGGAUCGUCUGGCUGGACAGCGGGCAUCUGGUCACCAGGCAUCAGGUCAUUUGGCUCGACAGCGGGCACCGCGUCAUCUGGCAAGGCAGUGGGCUCCGAGUCAAC